ACUACAUCAUCUAUCUACCUAGGUACCUUAUCUCACCUUAUAUUCUAGGUAGGCCAGAUUUGAGUACAUACCAAGUCUUGUCUAGGAGCGUCCUACUCAAUUGAAUUAAGUACCUACCUACAAAUCGCCAAAAUGUUUGCUCGACCUGCAUUUCGGGCCUGCCAGUCUCUGAAGCAGCCUGUGCGCCGCUACGCGACUACCCCUCCUCCGCAAUCCGGAAAUGCCAACAACUCGCGAGUAGGCAUCCUGAUUGCCAGUGCCGUUGGCAUAGCCGGGUUCGGAACAUACUUCAUGUUCGGUCAGGGUACCACGCCGGCCACCGGUGUCAAGGCCCUCGGGGCCGAGCCAAAGAAGGCUCUCGAGAUGGAAAAGGGUUUCGUCUCGCUGCAGCUCGAAGACGUCGAGGUCGUCAACCACAACACCAAGCGCCUGCGCUUCAAGCUGCCCGAGGAGGACAUGGUCUCGGGUCUGCAUGUUGCGAGUGCCCUCUUGACCAAGUUCAAGCCGGAAGGCUCGGAAAAGCCCGUCCUGAGGCCUUACACGCCCAUCAGCGACGAGGAUCAGAAGGGCUACCUGGACUUGCUUGUCAAGAAGUAUGAGGGUGGGCCCAUGUCGACACACAUCACCAAUCUGGUUCCUGGACAGAAGCUGGACUUCAAGGGCCCGUUGCCCAAGUACGAGUGGAGCGCCAACAAGCACCCUCACGUCGCCAUGAUUGCCGGCGGCACUGGCAUAACACCCAUGUACCAGAUCAUGCGCGCCAUCUUCAAGAACCCCGCGGAUAAGACCAAGGUGACGCUCGUGGUGGGCAACAUUACCGAGGAGGACAUUCUUCUCAAGAAGCAGCUUGCCGAGCUUGAGAACACGUACCCGCAGCGCUUCCGCGCCUUUUACGUCCUCGACAACCCUCCCAAGGACUGGGCUGGAACCAAAGGCUACAUCACCAAGGAUUUGUUGAAGACUGUGCUGCCAGAGCCCAAGGAGGAGAACAUCAAGGUGUUUGUAUGCGGGCCGCCGGGCAUGAUGAAGGCUAUUUCGGGUGAUAAGGUCAGCCCGAAGGACCAGGGCGAGGUUUCCGGCAUCCUGAAAGAGUUGGGAUACAAGCAAGAGCAGGUAUACAAGUUUUAGGAGGGUGGAUCAGGUCUGUCUGUAAUUGUAGCAUCAGCUACUGCCUGUGUAGGUGGUUGCUGGCUUGUAUGUACUGAUAGAAGAGUAUAGAAGUCCCAAGAGCCAUUUGACACCUUUGGGAUUGGUGGUUUAUAUGGAUGAGGAUAUAAACAUCGGUGGACACUGUACUGUACUACAUACAUUACGUAUAUGAAAUGGCUCCCGUCGUGUGGAACUGUUUCAUUUACUAGAUAGUCGGCCUACGUAUGUUGUCGCAUGUUUAAUUGGGCGGAACCAAGCAGGGGGGGUCGAACCAAUCGGUGAGCGUUCCAGAUGAAUGAAUCUUACUACUUAGUAGUUACAUACGGAGUACUUUACUAUAGUAACUAAUUGUUGC